CUGUUUAUAAACGGCCUCCUCGCCCCCUGCUUGUGCGCCCUCCCGAGAGUGUGCAGCACCGGAAUCCGGUGCUCACUGUGUCCUCCGGACACAGUGGAACACCGAUCGUCGUACGGGACUUCUUGCGAGGUCCCCGAUCAUGUGAUCACUGAUUGGCCAAUCAGUGAUCACAUGAAUAGUAUUAACCAAGAUGUCACUUCUGACAUCAUUGCUUACUACGUGUGAAAUCUGUGAAUGAUCACAGAGGUCACAUGGUACAAGGCUAUUCACAACAGCCUUGUACCAUGUGACAAGCUGUGACCAAUCACAGCUCUCACAGUAUUUAUCAAUGGCUGCAAGAAUGCAGCCAGAGUGAAGGAGAAAUGAUUGCUUUUACAACCUUUAUGGGUGUAAAAGCAAGCAGUGUAAAAAAA